AUGUCUCGCCCCGGUACCACCCUCUACGUGACCGGCUUCAGCCACGGCACGCGCGCGCGCGACCUCGCGUACGAAUUCGAGCGCUAUGGCCGUCUUGUCCGUUGCGACAUCCCGGCUCCGCGCUCUGCAAACAGCAGACUGUUUGCCUUCGUCGAAUACGAGGACCGCCGCGACGCGGAUGACGCGUACCACGAAAUGCACAACAAGCGUUUCGGUCGCGAUGAUAUCCUGAAGAUCGAGUGGGCCCGCACUCCCCCGUCGGCUUCGUGGCGCUUCGACCGCAGCGACCGUGACCGCCGUCGCUCUCCUCGUCGCCGUUCUCCUAGCCCGCGCCGCCGCGACUACUCCCCUCGCCGUGAUGACCGCGAUCGCCGCGACCGCGACCGUGAUCGUGAUCGCGACUAUGACCGUGACCGCCGCGACACCCGUGACCGCUCUCGCAGCCCUGAUCGUGACCGCGACCGUGACAUGCGUGAUGAUCGUGACCGCGAUCGUGAGCGCGACCGCGAUAGGGAGCGUGAGCGUGAGCGUGACCGCGAUCGUGACGAGCGCGACCGGCGCGACAGUGGCGCCAAUGGUGAAGAGAAGAAGCCCCUCGAUAGCCCUGAACGGCCCGGUCACGACGACCUCGACGUUGCUGAGUGA